UGUGUUUCAGAUCGGAGGUUUUUGUUUCGCCUUGUGUCUUCUGACGUCGCAGCAUUCCGCAUUCCGCAGUGCCGUCAUGCAUCUUCUCCUCGUGUUGAUUUACACUUGUCUUGAGAGAGUCACUGGAGACAAUAAUAUUGAACAACGGGACCAAAACUCGUAUCUCGCCCUCGGAUAACACGGCCGCGCGGAGGUCCAAGUUUAGUGCGAACAUGUCGGAGACCCCCGCUAUCCAAUCUCCUUACGAAGGCAAGCUUUCUUCCCUCGCGCAAAUUAUACGUAAUGGCCGACUCGGCCGCUCUGCUAAGAUUCCUCCUCACGCCCGCUUCGUUAUAGAGAAUCCUCGGCAAAUGCACUAUAUAUCUAUCCAGCUCUCACUUCCGUCCAGGCGUUCCUUGUUCCUCUCCUUGUGCGAUUAGUACCAAGUACUUGAUCUAGACCCCAUCGCCAUCGGCUCGACCCGCCCACGGAGUCAAGCACUUUUUUUUCUACUAAGUCCGAGUCCCUUUUUCGCCUCUCGAGUCUCGAGCCACUCGAGUUUCCCGACUUCCCUCGACUGGCUGGAAACCCGCAUUCGCCCUGCGUCGAGGAGAAGAGGAAAUGGCGCUACAUGAGAAACCCACCGCGGAGGAACCUAUACAGCCUUCUCAUCAUGCAGUCGACGACAUGACCGUUUCCGAGAAGUUCUCCGCACCGGCAAGACAGCCCUCGUCCGAGGACCAACCCGAUGGCUCGUCAGAUACCGUGGGAAGAGCGCGAUCUUCGUCAGAUAACCAACUGUGGACUGAUGCAACAGAGACAAGCGAUGAUGCGACAGCAGCGAAAGAUACUUCUGAGGGUGGUGGUGAUGGCAACCCGCUGGAUCGGGUUCCUUCGCAGGCGCAGAAGCUAGGAGGGAAGAAGAUCGCGGUUGUUAUGGGGGCGCUUUGUCUCGUUCUAUUCCUCGCGGCGCUGGAUAUGACGAUUAUAUCUACAGCCCUACCGACGAUGGCCGCCGAUUUCAACGCCUCGGAAAGUGGAUAUUCAUGGAUGGCCUCGUCGUUCUCUCUCACCAAUGCAGCGUUUGUCCCGCUCUGGGGCAAGCUGAGUGACAUUUGGGGCCGGAAACCUAUACUUUUGCUCGCCAACUUUGCCUUUCUUAUUGGCAGCUUGAUUUGUGCAUUGGCUAAGAAUUUGCCCAUGGUCUUGGCUGGUCGAGCGAUACAAGGUGCUGGAGCUGGUGGGAUCAUCACUCUGGCGAAUAUUUGUGUUUCGGAUCUGUUCAGUGUUCGAGAACGGCCGAUGUACUAUGCUCUCUUCGGAACAACGUGGGCUAUCGCAGGAGCUUUGGGACCACUCGUUGGAGGAGCGUUUACUACCAGCGUGACAUGGCGAUGGUGUUUUUGGAUCAACUUGCCGAUUGGCGGCGUCUCCUUUGCCAUCUUGUUCUUCUUCCUCAAGAUUGAGUCCCCGAAGACCCCAUUGUUGGGUGGCCUCAAGACGAUCGACUGGUCAGGCGUCCUUUUAAUCGUCGGAGGAACCCUCAUGUUCCUCUUCGGCCUGCAAUUCGGCGGCGUCAACUACCCCUGGGACUCUGCAACAGUCAUCUGCCUCAUCGUCUUCGGCCUCUUCACCUACGUCCUCGCGAUGCUCAACGAAUGGAAGAUAGCCCGCUAUCCUGUGAUUCCCCUUCGCCUUUUCACAAACUGGCACAAUGUCCUCAUCCUCGUCAUCUGCUUCAUGCACAGCAUGGUUUUUAUGGGCGGCUCCUACUACCUCCCUUUCUACUUCCAAAGCGUGCUCCUCGUCUCCCCAAUCCUCAGCGGUGUCUACGUCCUCCCGCAAGUCCUCUCCCUUUCCCUCAUGUCCAUCGUCACGGGAAUUUUCAUCCGCAAAACUGGCCGUUACCGCGAACUCAUCAUCGCCGCCUUCGUCUUCCUAACCCUCGGCUACGGCCUCCUCAUUGACCUCAAGCCCUACGCCUCCUGGCCCCGCAUAAUCAUCUACCAACUCAUCGGUGGCUUCGGCACAGGCCCGCUCUUUCAAGCGCCCCUCGUCGCCCUCCAGGCAAACAUCCACCCAUCAGACAUGGCCGCCGGAACCUCGACAUUCUCCUUCCUCCGCCAAGUCUCCGCCUCAAUUUCCAUCGUCAUCGGCACGGUCAUCUACCAGAACAUCCUCGUCUCAAAAUCAUCCACCAUUUCCGCCGCCGUGGGCCCCCAAACAGCCUCGGCGCUCAGCAGCUCCUUUGCGGAGAACAGCCACGAGCUCAUCCGCUCCCUGCCCGAGGCGCAAAAGGACGUUGUCCUCGACGUCUUCAAUUUCUCGCUGAGCAGGAUUUGGAUCUUUUAUACCGCUAUGGCUGGCGUUGGGCUGAUUGUUAGUAUCUUUGUUACACCGGUUGAGUUGAGUAAGACGCAUACGGUUCGCAAGACGGGGCUUGAGGAGCAGGAGAGGGCGAGGAAGGAGAUUCUCGCGGACCAGGCGAGGGCGAGGGGCGCGAAGGUGGAGAGCAGUGGGAAGCAGACUGCUUAGGUACCGGCAAUAUGCUGGGUAUGUAUCGGCGUGUUGUAUCUAGGCUGGUGCAUACCUACCUUGCACAUAGUACAGCCCAUGGAUGGCUCUUCUAGUAUAUAGUAGCAUCUACAAAAUAAUCAAGUACAUAAUUGGAUAAUCUCAUCACACCAUUGAAAUCUGCUUAUCUCUUAAGCCCUGAUCAUAUUGAGAACACCAAAAAAGUACAAUUUGUAGGUAUAUCAAUAACCAGCCCCAAGUGAACUGAAAAAUUAGGUAUAUGGUUGCUCAUUUGGUCCAUCCUUGAGGCUUUUUUUCAUCCGUUGCGGUCUUUUCAUUCUUUGAAUCUGCAGACAGACUAUUCGAAGUUGAGAAUGUUAGGAGCAGAAAUAGUACUCGCCAUAGACAAGGGGUAUAGAGAUAAGAUGUUGAAACAGAUAAUGAAAGAGAAAAGACAGAGAAUAAGCGGACAAAAGAGAUCGAGGCCCAAGAAAACGAGCAAGGGAUAGCGGAGGUCUCGAGAAAAUCAGGAAUUAAGUAUCCAACUCCUACCCAAAUUAUCGACUUUCCAGAACGCCGCGAGAAUGCAAAUAAGCGAGAGCCGGGCGGUGACGCGAUAGAAAAUGAUAGGUCACAUCAUUAAAAGUGAAAAGAAGGAAUGUUACGUUUUCGCUUUCUUCACAGCAGCUUCAGCACUGGGCCCACUAUCCGGGCUCUUGCGUUUUUUAUCUUGCUCAUCCUCUCGACCAAAUCCAGGCCCAUUCUGGAUCGCAGGUGUAGGGAAAGUGAGAGGACUCGGAAGCAUAGCGCUGUCUGGUCCAGACCGGCCAAAACCCCAUUCAGGGAAGAAACUGGAUGGUGACGGAAGUAGCGCAUCAGAGACGAAUCUGCUGGGUAAUGCGGAUAUCGGUGUCUCUAUGUUAUUAUUGUUAUUGUACGCAGUGGUAUUGUUCUGCGCCGCGCCUGCCGUCGUGCCUGGGGGUGGUGGCCUAGCGAAUGGGUUCGGCGGCCCCUGCGCACCUGCGCUGAGGAUCGGACCGGCGGAGGGAGAAGGAGGCGGUAAUACCACGCCAGUGUGGCUGGCGUCGUUGGUUUUUGCAGGAGUUGCAGUCUUAUUGCCAGCGGAAGACGAAGACUCUGCUGUUGCGCUUGCCCCAUCCGAGUGCUCGCUGGGUAUUUGAACUUUCAGCUGGGGUCGCUUUGUCCCUAGCUGGGCGCUGUUGGUCCGCGCAGGAGGCUUUAUAUCCGGAGCGGGCUUGGACAUGGGGAUAUCUGUGGCGGGACGAGGUGGAGGAGAAAUCUUCUUGAAAGGCUUCUUCUCAUCAGGUUCCAGCUUCAGACUUGUGUUGCCGCUGAAUUCGAAAUGGCGCGCUAGAACAGAUCCGUGGUCAUCGAUAGGCGUGAAUAUGCUACGGGACUUGGAGAGAGGUUUUAUGUGCGGAGGGGAUUGCGUUCCUUCAGUCUUCAAAAUCGGAAUUUGAUCCGUUGAGGUCUCAGGUAGAGAAGUCGUCCGCGGUGGUUGCUGCUGCUGCUGCUCUGCUAGGUACGGCUGGGAGAUUUGGGGUAUAGGUUGGUGAGGUGGUUGGGAAAUGCCAAUCGUCGGUGGAGGCUGCGCCAUUGGAUGCUGGGUGUGCUGAGUGUGUUGAGUGUGCUGGUUGUGCUGCGGAUGCUGGGAAAGAUGCUGCUGAUGAGCAUGGGCGUGUUGAGCUAUUGGCUGAGGGGGCAUCGACUGAGGAGGCAUGGUAUGGGCCGGCAUGGGCUGAUGCUGGGGUGGAGGUUGAUGCGGCCCGGGGGGAUGGUUCACGAAGUGCGCAUACUGAGGUGGUCGUUGAUGCGGUUGGCCCAUGUGAGGAGCAUUAGGAUUGUAAACCGACGGAUUGGACAUGUAUGUAAAAGUGUUUGGAGGUGGUGGAGGGGGCGGGGGCGUUCCAUGGUGGGGUGGUCCCCCAAGGUUGGAGCUAACACGACGUAAAUGAUUCCUCGACGAGGGCCUUGAAGCCCCUUGCGGUUGUGGCGUCCCAUGGCGCGGAUCGAAAGGUAUGCCGUUGUGAAUUGGCGGCGAGGCAGAGGGUGCAUGGUUGACAUGUUGGAAGUUGUGAUGAGGGACGUGGGGCAUCAUUUGUGGAGGAGGGUUUUGAGAUACGGCAUGGAUGUCGUCAGGUGCAGGCGUGGCAUCAUCUUCGUCGUCGUCAUCAUCAUCA